UAAAGACUAAGUGACAUAACAAGCGAAUUACCCGAAAGAUGUUUAGCGCUCGUGAAGAUUACGGGAACGUUGAUUUAAGGUCGAGAACCACACAUGAAUUUUCUGAAUGCAGCUACUGUAAGCUUUGACCGAGGCUAGCUGUACAGGAGAGUGAGUGGCUAGAGAAGGCGCUGCCUUAGCUCUUAACUGAACGUUUGGGAAAGUUCAGAAAAGACAGUGCAGCCUCACAUUUGGGAAAAUGAGUAAAGUGAAGCUGGAUUAAGUCAAUCAUUUUAACGCUGACGAUACUAACACCCACAUCGUUUCCAUCCAGAUUCAAGUUUUUAUUAAAAUUACUUAAUGUCCUUGACAGUGCUUUGUAAAUAAGAGCAUUUUCUCAAUUGUCCAUAAUCGUGCCACACCCAAGAGAAUUAUCAUUUUAGAUGCAGCCCAUAAGUAAAUUUCCCUAAGCAUCUCCAAAAUACCUGAUUGCUCUUUUUUAAAAAAUCCACUGGAGUUUUCUGCGUUCCUUUUUGUGACUACCUUUCAAUAUAGACUUCAGAAGCUUUCGGUGAACGACAGAGGUCCGGAGCUCCUCUACUACAAGGUUAAGAAUAAAUAAUAUGACGUCAGAGGGGAGACAGUGAAAGGCAGGGUUUGGGAUUCAUUCACCAACGGGAAAGCAGCUCUUAAUCCGGGCCAAGCACAGAGAUGGACCAAUCCGGAGAGGACGCGGGGACUUUUGAAUGUUCUUGGGCCCAAUAGUCAGUGAUCUUGCUGUAUAAAAGAAAGGUUGUUCUUUACCCGUCACUGGAGUCCCUAAAAACAUCCUGUGAUAUUUUAAUAUGGCUCGGACGAAGCAGACGGCUCGCAAGUCCACCGGCGGUAAGGCCCCGCGCAAGCAGCUGGCUACCAAGGCGGCUCGUAAGAGUGCGCCGGCUACGGGCGGCGUGAAGAAGCCCCACCGCUACCGGCCCGGCACGGUGGCGCUGCGCGAGAUCCGCCGCUACCAGAAGUCCACCGAACUGCUGAUACGCAAACUGCCUUUCCAGCGGCUGGUUCGCGAGAUCGCGCAGGACUUCAAGACCGACCUGCGCUUCCAGAGCUCGGCCGUGAUGGCGCUGCAGGAGGCGUGCGAGGCCUACCUGGUGGGGCUUUUCGAGGACACCAACCUGUGCGCCAUCCACGCCAAGCGUGUCACCAUCAUGCCCAAGGACAUUCAGCUGGCGCGUCGCAUCCGUGGAGAGAGAGCUUGAAUUGUUAACCUUACUGUGUUGUAUCCCUAAACCCAAAGGCUCUUUUCAGAGCCACCUAAGUAUUUCCAUGACAGUAGCUGUGACAUUUUAGGUCUCCUUGGCCCCUAAACGGAAGUACUGAGAGUACGUGGAAUCCACUAAAUUUUGUUUUACAGGUGUCAGGGGCCAUCGAUGAUGAUAGUCUGCAGAAAAAUGACAAUAGAAUGCUUCUAUUUACUGUCACUGGUCUGUUGACCAAGCAUGUUUUGUAAUACAUCCGUGGCUCGACUUCUAGACAUUCUGGAUCGUAUUGCAUACUCUUAAGGCUGUGAAAUGCGAUAUGAUAUGCCAGUUUUUUUGCAAUCAUGAGCUGUAGUUAUUUCAAAUGUAGGAUUUAACCGUUUUCCUUGAUUCUAGGUAUUUUGGAGUUUGGGAUUCAGUGUUGAAAUGAAGAUGGCCUAUAUGAGAAUAGUGUGAGAAGAAAAGGCAUUUAUAAACUUUAUUUCCCAUGUUUCACCCAAUGUUUCAUAAAAGUUUUCUUAGAUUUAUAGCUUUUACCCUACAUAUUAAAACCAACUUUAGGACAACAAUGUGGAAUUCUGCAUAACAUGCCAGCUACCACAUCCCAGAGUUUGCUUCAGCUUUCCACACCUUAUUUAUACUUAACAUCUGAACUGUGAGUUGAUGCAUCAAUGCCUCACGACGACAACCCAACAACAAAAUACCAAAGAUUAAACUUACUACUAGAAAUUUUUUGUAUUCCAGUUUUUAUGAAAGAACUACAAAAUAUUUGCAUUUUCAAAAGUACAGCUAGACGUUUAUCUGAUUUGUGUGUGAGCUGUUUUGUUCAUUUGAC